CUCCUUGACGGGGCUCCCUGUUGGAGACGCCGCUGCUGUUGCCGCCGUGGGCUCCGCCUCGCUCGCUUGCUCGCUCGCCCGCGGGAAGAAAGCGGAGCGCGCAUCCCCCCACCCCACCCCACCCCCCCGCCGGGCCCAGCCCGUCCGCCCCGCCCGGAGAGGAGGAGGAGGAAGAGGAGGCGGCGGCGGCGGGUCGAAGGAGCCGGAGCGCAGAGCCGUCCACGGAGCCGCCGCCGCCGCCGCCCGGCUGGAGCCCGGCCGCCCCAAGCAUGGUCACUCAGAUAAUCAGCACAAUGGAGACCCAAGUGUCCAACGGCCCCACAAGCAACAGUUCCCUCCCCAACGGGCCAUUGAUCAGCACUAACGGUGCCACUGACGACUCCAAAACUAACCUCAUAGUCAACUACCUGCCCCAGAAUAUGACCCAAGAGGAGUUCAAGAGCCUCUUUGGAAGCAUUGGGGAGAUCGAGUCUUGCAAGCUGGUCAGGGACAAAAUCACAGGGCAGAGUUUAGGCUACGGCUUCGUCAAUUACGUGGAUCCCAACGAUGCUGACAAAGCCAUCAACACCCUGAACGGACUGAAGCUCCAAACAAAAACAAUCAAGGUGUCUUAUGCCCGGCCCAGCUCCGCCUCCAUCCGUGAUGCCAACCUCUACGUCAGUGGCCUACCGAAGACCAUGAGCCAGAAAGAGAUGGAACAGCUCUUCUCACAGUAUGGGCGCAUCAUCACGUCCCGCAUCCUCGUCGAUCAGGUCACAGGCGUCUCCAGAGGGGUGGGCUUCAUCCGCUUCGACAAGAGGAUAGAAGCUGAGGAGGCCAUCAAGGGGCUGAACGGGCAGAAGCCGCUGGGCGCCAGCGAGCCCAUCACCGUCAAGUUCGCCAACAACCCCAGCCAGAAGACUGGCCAGGCCUUACUGACACACCUCUAUCAGACCACGGCCCGGCGGUACACUGGACCUCUGCACCAUCAGACUCAGCGCUUCAGGCUCGACAAUUUGCUAAACAUGGCAUACGGCGUCAAGAGUCCUCUGUCCUUGAUCUCCAGGUUUUCCCCCAUCACGAUUGACAGCAUGACCAGCCUGGCGGGCGUCAACCUGACGGGGGCCUCCAGCGCAGGCUGGUGCAUCUUUGUGUACAACCUCUCCCCCGAGGCAGACGAGAGCGUCCUGUGGCAGCUCUUUGGGCCCUUCGGAGCCGUCACCAACGUCAAAGUGAUCCGCGACUUCACCACCAACAAGUGCAAGGGCUUUGGCUUCGUCACCAUGACCAACUACGACGAAGCCGCCAUGGCCAUCGCCAGCCUGAACGGCUACCGGCUGGGCGACCGGAUCCUCCAGGUGUCCUUCAAGACCAGUAAGCAACACAAGGCAUGAGGCAGCGGGGGGAGGGAGGAGCAAACCCGCGUGCUGGGAAUGGCCCUCUUCCCCAGUUCCUCGCCAGAACGGAAAUAUUCAUUGACUUAAUGUUGCCGAAUAUUCAACCGCCAGACACCGUGAUCUUCUCUGGGGAGCAGGAGGCUCCCCCCCCUCCUGCUCCCCUGUGCCCGACAGCCCCACGGGGAGCACGGACACAGCAAACCAUCAGCCACUCCGUGGCAGUCCAGCCCUGCUCUGAAAACAAGCGGGGGAGACUCAUCCACUCAGAACAAGCCCACCACCACCAUCUCUCUCAAAGCGUGAGGACCCUCCCCCCCGCCCUACGCUUUCCUAGAACCCCCCCCUGCUCAAGGCCACACAGAAACCAGUCCCAGGUCUGUCCGUUCUCAUUUCACCCAAUGGAUCCGAACCUCCCCACGUGGCUCAUUGGUUGGGCACCGGAGGAAAAAAAGAUAAUAGACCCUCCCUGCAAACAAGCGUCAGAGCGUUGUGAGUCAGUCAGUCCAAGAGAGGAAGGCAUGUCUGCUCCUCUGCCUCACCCUCCAGAGAGGAGCUCGAGCAAUCCAGAUCCCCCACCCCCACCCCGCUCUCACUGGUUUCUAAACGGAACAAAUAUGGAGGGAGGGAAGCUCUCUGAUCUCCUUCUUUGGUCAUGUGAAGUGUUACCCGUAGUCACUCCUCCAGUCCUGUCACCUGGCCUGGCCCCCUGGUUGGAACGUUUCUGGGAAAUAAACCUCACCUGAGUCCCGUUAAGUCCUGAAAGCUGGUCUUGCCCGAGAGCUCUCGCAAGAGCUUAAUUCGCCAGGAGAAGCAAAGUAUCGUCUGUUUUGUCAGUCAGCCACUCACUUUUGUCCCUUUGCUUCCUUCUGCGAAUACUUUGGAUUCAAGGGCGGCCUUGAAACCACCGCAGGUGCGUGAGGAGGCAGAGAGGCUGGGCACCUCGGGCAGAGUCCUCCAGCCGGUCCCGGUCCCAAAGGCUUUUAGGCAGGCUUAGAGGAGUCGUAUUUCUUUUUUUUUUUUUAAAUCAGAACUGGAGGGCUGUUUGGAAGGGAGGUGGCGGGGUCAGAAAAGUGCUCUGUUGGACCUUCUUUCCAAAGCCAACCUUGUUGGCUUUCGACUGAAGGAUUCCUAGGCCCAGGGAGGCAACCAAACCCCACCGCUACCCGAGCUGUGCUUUCAACUUUUCAGUAGACCAGAAAAGUCCUUCUGACCCAGGGAAGGGGCAGGAGCUGGGGGCGUGCUCAUCAGCCGGGGCCUUCCUCUCUUUUCCAGCGCUGAUGGAACAAAGUGACCUAACAAAGCAGUUUUUUCUUAAAAAAAGAGAAUACAUAGGAAAGGCUGAAGUAGGAAACCAAACAAAAAAAAUUUAAAAAGAUUUUUUUAAAAUCUAUUUUUAUAGAAUAGGAAAGAGACCUUGUUGGGAAUUUUUACUGGGAUUCUUGAACUUCACAGGCAGUCGCAGACACACACACACACACACACGCACACGCACACACACACACUCAAAGGGAGAAGAUGAGGGACAGCCACCCAGGGCCACUGCUGGGUACAGCCCACUGAUUCCUCCCACGGGUCUUCCCUGACAGCAAAAAAACGUGGUGUUUAUGUGUACAGCUGGUGAACUCCACACAGUGCCUGCAGUGUGAUACAUGCUUCUUUGGGGCAGGUAGGGAGGGGGGUGGGUUGGGGUUAGGGGGAGACAGGUGAGAUCCAGGGUGCCGUUUGUAGCUGGUACAGAAGGUGUUCUUCUGAAAAGCCUUCCUUUGGUCCACUCCAUCUUGAAAUAGCAGGGCUCGCUCGCAGGGAGGAGAUUUGAGCAGGGACUCCAUAUUCCAAUACUGUAGGGAGAGGAGAACGCGCACCAAAUAAAUGAAUUCUACAAACUUUCCACAGUGCAAACAGUUAAGGAAAAGUGCUGGGUCUGGAACCUUGAAGCAAUAAACAGACUCUGUAUUGUUGAUCAGCAGCGUUUAUUGAUAGGCAUCGAAGCACCCAGCUUGGCAAAGCCAGUUCUAGCAAAUCCCCCAAUUACUAGCCCCUUUAUCCCGGUGUUAGUCCCCUCCUCCCGUUUUCCCAAGAAAUGCCAGAAACAGUUAGUUUGGAGCUGAAGCGCCCCAAGGUUGGCGAUAGAUAAUGAUAGAGAGCCACCUGGCAUUCUACUCCCACAAGAUAACUGAAACAAUCCCAGUUCUCACGAGACCAAAGUGUCAGGGGAGAGCCUAGUUACCUACUCAGUGUGCAAAGCCAUAAAAGUAAAGAUCAAGGAAAGAAUGUCCCAACUGGGAAGGGCAACAUAUAGCAGGAUGGUUACAUAUAUCUUGUAGCAUUGAGUUAGGAAUGCAUCUCAAUCACCUACAAUCCCCCUGACAAAAAGCAGACCACAGAGUUUA